AUGAAAUUAUUUUACAUUUUCUUACUAUUUACUUACUUUCUCAAUGUGGAAGGGAUUAAAUUUACAAGAUGCAAAUUAGCAACAGCCUUACAAAGGACAAAAUUAAUAGAGAAGACAUUCCUUGGUAACUGGGUUUGUUUGAUAGAAAAAGUGAGUAACAGGGAUACAAGAGCAAUGGUCGUUACACCUAGUGGAAGGAAGUUCUAUGGAUUGUAUCAGAUUCCAAGUCGUUGGUGCAGGGAAGGGAAAAAGGGUGGAGAAUGCAACAUUAGUUGUGAAGCGCUUUUAGACGAUGACAUACGCGACGAUACGGCCUGUGCUAUGGAUAUAUUCCAGAAGGAAGGAUUCAAAUAUUGGACGCAAUGGACGAUAAGAUGCAAGAACGAUAAUCUGAUUACAAAUGAAAUCUAUAAAUGUCCGGAUCUGCUCGGUAAAAAACCACGGUCAGAAUUAAUCUGGAACAGAAUGAAGCGUAUGAUAUCAAGAAGUAGUACGGAUCAAUCUACAAUUGCCGAUUAUUAUGGAUUACAUUGGAUACGAUAAAUUUUCUGCAUACAAAA